AUGUAUACUAUCCCUCUCGUCCUCCCGUUCCUUCUCAGUGCCAGCAUCUUUGGCAAAGCUCACUCAAAGAUUGUGGUGGGCCCGCAUCUCACAACCGCCGAAUGCGUCGUCGGUGCAAAUUGCACGAUAGAGUGGCUGACAGACGACUGUGACCAGACGCAAAAGGUGAGAGAAUUUUCCCUCGUACGAAUGGCUGUGAUACUGAGCGGCGUUAGUAUGCACUGUGGCUUAACAGCAAGAUGGACGGCAGUUCGGGAAGCAAUUCAACUUGACAAUAGCUAUGCGUUCUUGGACAAUGUGCAAGAAAACAGUUGUAUGUACACAAUGAUCAAGGCCGAGACCGGCAAUUUUCGCUCGAACGAGCGCUAUGACAUCUUCAUGGCACCCUUUGAUGCUGCAUAUCCAGAGGAUAGAUGGAAUUACGACUCGGAUAUCAGAGCAGGGGUGUCAUUCGAUGUCUCUGCUACAGCCUCAGAAAGCGCCGAGGUCACUAAGAAUCCGCCGGCCUGCCAACGGCCACUUAUGCUUCCAGAUACUUUCAGUCCAGAAUCGGACGGCUACAAUUGCUUCGACGACCCGAAAUACGUGGGCUGCCGGUAUUGGUACUGGAAGGAGGUAGUGGAGCUCAUCAAGACAGCCUCGACCAUCACCGGCAUCGGGGCCUUCUACCUCGGUGUUGGCUUCGCGAUGCUGGUCUAUGUCCUGUCUCUAUGGACCGUGAGACGCACCAGGUCAUCUAGGUGUUCCGUCAUAAUCCCGCCCAGCACCUCUCCGAGAAGCGCAGACCCUGAAGCCGCAAGAGCAGAACUUGAUGUUCAGCCAAGAUCAACGUGGCCUGGAGGUGUUCUGAAUGCUGUCCACGAGCCGCAUCCCGGAAUUCCAGUCGUGCCUGUUGUUUCCGAUGAAGUCGGAACCACGACGAAAGCCUCAUCACCAGUGUCGCAGAUCCACGAGCUCGCUGCCUCGCCAACCCAACAACGCGACGGCAUAUGGCAGGGUCCCGGGAUCGCCACUAUCAACACGCCUUCGGUCAACCCCGUCACAGGGUCUCAUGACGCAGCUAAACCAGCGGAGCUCACAAAUGGCGAGCGUCAACCCAUUACUGAAGACUCCGGCCAUUGUCGUCUGCAGCCAGAAGUUACAAAACACCUGUCGCCAAAUCCGAUCAAACACCAGCGGAAGGCAUCGAAGGAGCCCGACUUCGAAAUGCUGACGCUGGCCUCGAUCGGAUCAAAUCCAUAG